AUGAUCAUAGAUAUUUCUAUCUCCGCCCUGACACUUCUCCUGGUAACCUGCUGGCACGUAUCCACUGCCUCUUCCCUGCCUGUGGUGGAUCUAGGUUAUGAGCUCCAUCAAGCAUUUUCGUUAAACGAGACUACUGGUCUUUACAACUUCAGUAACAUUAGAUACGCCGCUCCACCUCUGGGCAACCUACGGUUUCGAGCCCCGUUGCCGCCUAAGGUGAACCGCGCUGAAGUCCAGACAGGGGCAUUGGGUAGAAUUUGCCCACAGGCUACGCCGAUAUGGAGCAGAUAUAUCAUGCCGCGGUUUUUGAAAAGCUACUUUACAAACACAACUUUUGACUCCCUCGAUUUUUCCUCCUGCCCAGUUCCACUCAUUCAGGACCCCAGAACCUCGGAGGAUUGUCUUUUCCUUGAUGUUGUGGUGCCACAGAAAGUAUUUGACCGAGCUCAGGGCAAACCCCCGAUACCUAAAGAAAGUUUGGCUCCGGUUAUCGUAUAUUUCUAUGGCGGAGGUUAUGUUCUAGGCGAUAAGAGUGGCGUUGAUCCAUCUGGUCUCAUUCAACGGGGUCAACAGCAGGACAAGGACGGGGUUAUCUAUGUGGCUCUGAACUACAGGCUCGGUGCAUUUGGCUGGCUAGCGGGUCACACAGUAUCCCGGAAAGGAACCCCCAACGCCGCACUUCAUGACCAACGACUCGGCCUAACCUGGGUAGCUCAGAAUAUUCAUCUAUUUGGAGGUGAUCCCAACCGAGUGACUGUUAUGGGCGUAUCGGCCGGAUCAGGGUCCAUCCUUCAUCAACUCACUGCAUACCAAGGGCGUCAAGGACCUUCCCUAUUCCAGCAGGCCAUCCUGCAAAGUCCCGCCUGGGAGCCGAACUAUGAUACAGACAAGCAGGAACGGACCUUUCGCCGAUAUCUCGAGCUCCUCAACGUCAGCACCAUCGAGGAGGCACGCCAGCUACCUUCCGAAAAACUCAUUGCUGCCAAUGCCCAUCAGGUGUCAAGCUCGCUCUAUGGAACGUUCACUUAUGGUCCCGUGGUGGACGGCGUCUUUGUUUCCGAUCUCCCAGGCAAACUUCUGCUGCGCGGCGAGUUCGAUCACAGCGUGAGGAUACUGAAUGGCCAUACCUUGAACGAAGCUCUCAUGUACACGCCGCCAUCCAGUUUUCAAGAAUGGGGUCUACUCUCACUUAUGGACGAGCACUUCCUUGACCUUUCGGAAGAUAUGAAAGAGACCAUCGUCAAUGUUCUACACCCACCCAUCCUGGAUGGGACGUACGGAUACCGCGGAUGGAAUCAUGCAUACAAGAACAGUACUUACAGCUACGUGUUCUCCAUCCCUCCCGCUAUGCACUGGAUGGACCAUCCCUACUCAUUCUACACCAAAGGCGCAAAGCCUCUAGCUGAGAGUCUUCUCUUCCAAGUAACAAACGAGACGGUGGCCUUCAUCCUGCAAGACUACGUUACGAGUUUCGUUCAAACGGGAAAGCCGACGUCUCCACUAGCCCCGCCCCUCGAGAUAUAUGGUCCUGAGAGUCGGGUGGUAAGUAUAGGAAUGAACAAUAUCACGGGGAUGCGUGACCCAGCAUGCAAUGCUCGGUGUGUUUACUGGCAGAAUGCGUUUACUUAUAGUCAGGAUAAGUCGUGA